CGUCAACUGCUGCGUCUUCUUCUAUCCCCACAAAACAUCAACUCGGGAGUGCAGAAAUUCACCUGGGACCGCCUGUCCUGUUAAUGCGGGUCUCUGCUGCUCACCCAGGAGCAGGAGGUCCAGGGCGAUGUCGACGCCAGAUCCCCCAAUGGGAGGCACCCCUCGGCCAGGUCCUUCCCCUGGCCCAGGUCCCUCUCCUGGGGCUAUGCUAGGCCCCAGCCGCGGGCCCUCCCCAGGCUCCUCUCACAGUAUGAUGGGCCCCAGCCCUGGCCCUCCCUCCUCUGGGCACUCGCAGCCAGGGCCCUCUGGAUACGGCCAGGACAGCAUGCACCCUCUGCACAAACCCUUGGAGAGCAUGCAUGAGAAGAGCAUGAGUGAGGAGAGCCGCUUCACUCAGAUGAAGGGACUGUCUAUGAGACAGGGCGGGCACAGUGGCAUGGGCCCCCCACCCAGUCCUCUAGACCAACACUCACAAGGUUACCACUCUCCAUUAGGGGGCUCUGACCACUCCAGCCCUGUCCCUUCAAACGGCCCCCCCUCUGGACCUCUCAUGCCAUCUUCCUCUUCCUCCUCCUCCUCUGGUGGUCCCGGCUCUGCCUCUGCACCUUUAGAUGGCCCCAUUGGAGAUCAACACACUCUGGGUCCCAAUAACUGGCCCGGCCCUCCAGGUAGCACCGGCCCAGGCCCCAGUCCUGGACCCAGCAUGGGCCCCAGUGUCUCCAUCCAUGGUUCUGGCCUUGAAUCUGGAGGCCCUCCAUGCCCGGGAGGUCCUGGUGGCCCGACUCCCUUCAACCAGAACCAGCUUCACCAACUCAGAGCCCAGAUCAUGGCUUAUAAGAUGCUGACCCGGGGGCAGCCUCUGCCAGAUCACCUCCAGAUGGCUGUCCAAGGGAAGAGGCCAAUGCCUGGGAUGCAACAGCAGCCCAUGUCCAGCCUGGCUCCUGGAGCUGGAGGCGGGCCAAUAGGGGGCCCAGCAGGACCAGUACCAGGACCUGGUCUAAUAGGAUCAGGCUACAGUCGAGUUCAUGGAAUGAUGGGUCCCAACAUGCUUCCUCCAGGCCCAUCGGGUACUCCAACUGUGACGCAGAUACAAAACCCAAAUGGACCUCCCAAGUCCUGGCCUGAAGGCCCCAUGGUGAAUGCAGCAGCCCCCUUCAACGCACCCCAGAAGCUUAUUCCCCCUCAGCCCACUGGUCGGCCCUCUCCUGCCCCUCCUUCAGUUCCCCCCGCUGCCUCUCCUGUAAUGCCUCCACAGACUCAGUCUCCCGGCCAGCCAGCACAGCCUACUCCCAUGAUGCCAUACCAUGCCAAGCAGAACCGCAUUACCCCCAUUCAGAAACCCUGCGGCCUCGACCCAGUGGAGAUAUUGCAGGAAAGGGAGUUCAGGCUACAGGCUCGUAUCACUCAUCGUAUUGCUGAACUGGAGAACCUGCCGGGCUCUCUGGCUGGAGAUUUACGUACAAAAGCUACUAUAGAGCUCAAAGCCCUCCGACUGCUUAACUUCCAGAGACAGUUGCGUCAAGAGGUGGUGGUGUGCAUGCGCCGGGACACCGCUCUAGAGACGGCCCUCGAUGCUAAGGCCUACAAGCGAAGCAAGCGUCAGUCUCUGCGAGAGGCGCGCAUCACAGAGAAACUGGAGAAACAGCAGAAGAUUGAGCAAGAGCGCAAACGCAGGCAGAAACAUCAGGAGUACCUCAACAGCAUCCUGCAGCACGCCAAAGACUUCAAAGAGUACCACCGCUCCAUGACAGGCAAAAUGCAGAAACUGACCAAAGCUGUGGCCACCUACCAUGCCAACACUGAGCGGGAGCAGAAGAAAGAGAAUGAGCGUAUUGAGAAAGAGAGGAUGAGGAGGCUCAUGGCCGAGGAUGAGGAGGGCUAUCGUAAACUGAUUGACCAGAAGAAGGAUAAGCGUCUGGCCUACCUGUUGCAGCAAACUGACGAGUAUGUGGCAAACCUCACCGACCUGGUCAGAGCUCACAAAGCUGAGCAGGCCCUCAAGGAGAAGAAGAAGAAGAAGAAGAAAAAGAAGAAGUUGGAGAGUGCUGAGGGUCAGACACCUGCCAUGGGUCCAGAUGGAGAGCCUCUGGAUGAGACGAGUCAGAUGAGCGACCUGCCUGUGAAGGUCAUCCAUGUGGACAGCGGGCACAUCCUGACAGGAGUGGACGCUCCGAAAGCGGGACAGCUGGAGACCUGGCUGGAGAUGAACCCUGGUUAUGAAAUGGCUCCUCGCUCAGACAGUGAAGACAGCGAGGAGGAGGAAGAGGAGGAGGAGGAAGAGGAGCCUCAGCCGCCGGCUAAUCAGAUGGUGGAAAAGAAGAAGAUAUCACACCCCGAUAGCGAAGACGUGUCCGAGGUGGACGUCCAACACAUCAUCGAAAAUGCUAAACAGGAUGUGGAUGACGAAUAUAGCGGUGCAGUGUUCGCCCGAGGCCUCCAGUCUUAUUAUUCUGUGGCUCACGCUGUCACAGAGAGGGUGGACAAACAGUCCAGUUUGUUAGUAAAUGGACAACUCAAACAGUAUCAGGUUAAAGGUUUGGAGUGGCUGGUUUCUCUUUACAACAAUAACCUGAAUGGGAUCCUGGCGGAUGAGAUGGGCCUGGGGAAAACCAUCCAAGCUAUCGCCCUGAUCACGUACCUCAUGGAGCUCAAACGGCUCAACGGUCCCUACCUCAUCAUUGUUCCCCUCUCAACUCUUUCUAACUGGGUGUAUGAGUUUGACAAGUGGGCUCCGACAAUCGUGAAAGUGUCUUACAAGGGGUCUCCUUCUGCCAGAAGAGCAUUCGUCCCCCAACUGCGCAGCGGCAAGUUUAAUGUUUUACUCACCACUUAUGAGUACAUCAUCAAGGAUAAACAAAUACUGGCCAAGAUUCGUUGGAAGUACAUGAUUGUGGACGAGGGCCACCGUAUGAAGAACCACCACUGUAAACUGACCCAGGUCCUGAACACACACUAUCUGGCCCCACGGCGAGUCCUGCUGACAGGAACGCCUCUGCAGAACAAACUACCUGAGCUCUGGGCGUUGCUAAACUUCCUCCUGCCCACCAUCUUCAAGAGCUGCAUCACCUUCGAGCAGUGGUUCAAUGCCCCUUUCGCCAUGACUGGAGAGAAGGUUGACCUUAAUGAAGAGGAGACCAUCUUGAUUAUCCGUCGUCUCCACAAAGUACUUCGCCCCUUCCUGUUACGCAGAUUAAAGAAGGAAGUGGAGGCACAGCUACCAGAGAAGGUGGAGUACGUGAUCAAGUGUGACAUGUCGUCUCUUCAGAGGGUGCUGUACAGGCACAUGCAGGCCAAGGGGGUCCUACUCACGGAUGGAUCAGAAAAGGACAAGAAGGGUAAAGGAGGCACUAAGACGCUGAUGAACACCAUCAUGCAGCUGAGGAAGAUCUGUAACCACCCUUACAUGUUCCAGCAAAUUGAGGAAUCUUUCUCUGAACAUUUAGGCUUCUCUGGUGGGAUAGUCCAGGGUCUUGACCUGUAUCGGGCAUCAGGAAAGUUUGAGGUGUUGGAUCGAAUCCUGCCAAAGCUGAACGCCACUAACCACAAAGUGCUGCUCUUCUGUCAGAUGACCUCACUCAUGACCAUCAUGGAGGACUACUUUGCCUAUCGCAGCUUUAAGUAUCUGCGUCUGGAUGGCUCUACAAAAGCUGACGAUAGAGGAAUGUUACUGAAGACAUUCAAUGAACCAGGGUCAGAGUACUUUAUCUUCCUCCUGAGCACAAGAGCUGGAGGCCUCGGCCUCAACUUGCAGUCUGCAGACACUGUGAUUAUUUUUGACUCUGACUGGAACCCACAUCAGGAUCUGCAGGCUCAGGACAGAGCCCACCGUAUUGGUCAGAAGAAUGAGGUGCGUGUGCUGCGUCUUUGCACAAUAAACAGCGUUGAAGAGAAAAUCCUGGCUGCUGCCAAGUACAAACUGAACGUGGAUCAAAAGGUCAUUCAGGCUGGCAUGUUUGACCAGAAGUCUUCCAGCCACGAGCGCAAGGCCUUCCUGCAGGCCAUCCUGGAACAUGAAGAGCAGGACGAGGUCUGGGGGCCGGAAGUGUGUCUACGCAUUAAUGAGGAGGAUGAGGUGCCAGAUGACGAGACUGUCAACCAGAUGAUCGCCAGGAGUGAGGAGGAGUUCGACCAGUUUAUGCGUAUGGACCUUGACCGGCGUCGUGAGGAUGCCCGUAACCCACGGCGAAAACCUCGUCUGAUGGAGGAGGACGAGCUGCCCACUUGGAUCAUGAAAGACGACGCUGAGGUUGAACGUCUGACCUGCGAGGAAGAGGACGAGAAAAUGUUUGGCCGAGGUUCUCGACAUCGGAAAGAUGUGGACUACAGCGAUUCACUGACGGAGAAGCAGUGGCUCAAGGCGAUAGAGGAGGGCACACUGGAUGAAGUGGAGGAGGAGGUACGUCACAAAAAGACGACGCGCAAAAGGAGGCGAGACCGCGACCUGGAUCUCCCUGGUCCCUCCUCUUCCCUGGGGGGACGAGGGGACAAAGAUGAAGACGGGAAGAGGCAGAGGAAGAGGGGAAGACCACCUGCUGAUAAACUCUCCCCCAACACCCCUGCCCUCACAAAGAAGAUGAGGAAGAUCGUGGACGCUGUCAUCAAGUAUAAAGACAGCGCCAGUGGGCGUCAGCUGAGCGAGGUGUUCAUCCAGCUGCCGUCUCGAAAAGAGCUGCCAGAGUACUACGAACUGAUCCGCAAGCCUGUGGACUUCAGGAAGAUCAAGGAGAAGAUUCGAGGUCAUCGCUACCGCAGUCUGGGUGACCUGGAGAGAGACGUCAUGCUGCUCUUCCAAAACGCUCAGACCUUCAACCUGGAGGGAUCACUGAUAUAUGAAGACUCCAUUGUCCUCCAGUCAGUGUUUACCAGUCUGAGGCAAAAGAUCGAGAAGGAGGAGGAAAGUGAGGGAGAGGAGAGUGAGGAAGAGGAUCUGGAGGAAGGAUCAGAGUCUGAAUCUCGCUCAGUGAAAAUGAAGAUCCGUCUGGGAAGGAAGGAUAAAGGUGGAGAUCAUGGGAAGGGACGCAGCAGACGAACAGGACGCAACAGAGCCAAACCUGUUGUUAGUGAUGACGACUCAGAGGAUGAGCAGGAAGAGGAGCGUUCCCCCAGUGCCACUGACGAGGAGUCCUGAACUGUACUGUAAUGUGGGAGAGAAGGGGGCACAAAGAGGAUAAUGCACCAACUCAAGCGUUGCAUUUACAGUAAAUACAACAUGCCUCCGUCAACUCCAUCCACCCUCAGUCAAAUGUCACAGGACUGAAAUAGAAAAGAGGUUUGCAAAGCCGUCAUUACAGGAACAGAUACAUAUUGGUAUUGUUUUAAUAGUCAUAUCGACAUCACAUGGAAACAGCACAUAUACAAUAUCAUAAAAUACACAAAAUAAUUGGACUAUGCACAUUGCGGCAUUGAACUUCAUCUGUUUCUCUGCUGAGGCUCAGUCUGAAAGAGUCUUGCAACAGAGGUGUCUUUUUAUCUUUGUGUGUAAUUUAAGGAGAGUUUUUGAUCACUUUUAAUGAGAAUGUUGUCAGUGUACAGACGUUACUGUAAAACAGUUCUGGGAGUCACAUCGACUUAGAAACUAUACUGCAAAAAUUACAACACUUUCCUUAAAGACGACCUAUUUAGCUUUCACAAGCAGUAUAUGAACAUUUAAUCAAUGGUUGAUAACAUACUAUAAUGUAGUUGUACGCAACUGUAAGGACUAAGUGUUUAUUAAUGUACAGUCAUUUAAAUUCUCCUAUGAAGACAUAUUUUAUAUUUUUACAACUGUGUUUUACUUUAUUGUCAUUAAGUAUCUGUUUAUAAACCAGCCUCCACUUAUGGGUGACCCAUGGGGUGAACACAGGAGGAGUUAUAGCUGCUGACAAAUACAUUAUUAAAUGCUUAUAUCUGCUGACAAGUACAUUAAAGUGUAUUUGCUAUAAACCACUUACUAAAUGUUUAUAUAUUGCUUAUAAAUGCUUAUAGGGGAACUUAAAGUGUUGCUAUUACAACUCAAGCAGUCUUUAAGAGGAACAAAGGUUCAGUUAGUUAAACUUAUUUCUUUUCAUGUCUUUUUUUGGACAAAUUGUGAUCAUAAAUCAGUCCUUAGCUAACCUGAGGAGAACUGGCAGAAACCAGUAAAGUGAAGUAAACAACCUUGAAUGUAAACAGAAAAUGUUUUCACCCAGCUACUACCUUACCUCACCUUACCUUACCUUACCUUACCUUACCUUACCUUACCUUACCUUACCUUACCUUACCUUGCUUCUGGCUAUACAAACCUGAUGUUUUGCCUCCGCUUCGCUGUGGCGAUGUGUUGUUACAACAUUCAGCCACUUUGGAGCCACUGUGAUUAACGAGGUGUGUGCACAUCACAUAUUUGUGAUGGGUGCUCACUGUUUGAGUUGGAAAUCCAGCCUGCUGUGGGUGCAGGGUGUUUCCAGACUUCCCAGAAGCUCUUUAGCAACUCACCACAGUUAUUAUUUGACUGAGGUGUAAUGGAGUUGGGUCCAGGUCACUGUAUAUAAAGUACAGAUUAAAAACAACCUUGCUGCUGCUACAUACCUGUUACACUUCCAAUAUAAGCACUUAUAACUGUUGAUUGUAGGCUUAAAGAAUCAUGAGGUCGUAAUUCAUCAAUGAGUACUGUAACUUUAAUUGCUUCUCAGUUGUUGUUUAGGAUUUCAGAACUGUUUGAUGUACUUUGUCUCUAUUCAUUUUUUUUUUUUUUUCAAGACAGGACCAGAGGGACAGUAGCUCCUCUCUGCUUGUGAACGCCUCAUGGCUGUACGGUGUUGGAUAUGUUGUAUAGAGUAUUUUUUAGAGUAUAAUGUCAAUGCACGUGUGUACAGCCUGCAAGUUCAGUUCUGUACCUUUUUCAUUAUGUAACUAGAGUGAACAACAUACAACUAAAGCAUCAACGUUUUCUCCACUAAAUUAUUAAGAUCUAUCUGUGUUGUGUUGUGGUCAUCAUCGCUGGAACCCAAAACAAUAAAUCACAGUAAAAGUGAA